AUGAACAAGGAGGAUUCCCGUUCCGCUCCCUGUGCUGCCGCUCUAACCCCAUCUGAUUGCCAAGUUGCUUCCCCAAAACCUAAAUCCAAACUAGACAAAAUCGAUGAUGCUGAUCAACUGCCGGCAUUCACCCUCUCGGAGGUGGACGAGGAGAUCAUCAAGUCUGUGGUGGAGGGCAAGAUCCCUUCAUAUUCUCUCGAAUCCAAGCUUGGUGAUACCCGCCGGGCCGCUGCUAUUCGCCGUGAGGCAUUACAGAGGAUCAGUGGAAAGUCCCUUUCAGGGCUGCCCCUGGAGGGCUUCGAUUACGACACCAUACUAGGUCAGUGCUGCGAGAUGCCUGUGGGUUACGUUCAGAUUCCGGUGGGCAUCGCUGGGCCUCUGUUGCUUGAUGGCAGAGAAUUCUCGGUUCCCAUGGCCACCACGGAGGGCUGCCUGGUUGCCAGCACCAACAGGGGAUGCAAGGCCAUCUAUGUCUCUGGCGGAGCCUCCAGUGUGGUCCUCAGGGAUGCGAUGACCAGGGCUCCCGUUGUCAGGUUCGGCACUGCCAAGCGCGCUGCUGAUUUGAAGUUUUUCCUCGAGGACCCUCUCAAUUUCGAGGCCUUGUCGCUUGUUUUCAACAGUUCCAGCCGAUUUGGAAGGCUUCAGAGCAUCAAGUGUGCUAUUGCGGGCAAGAAUCUCUACAUCAGGUUCUCCUGCAGUACUGGUGAUGCAAUGGGCAUGAACAUGGUCUCUAAAGGUGUGCAGAAUGUGAUGGACUUCCUUGACAAGGAAUUCCCAGACAUGGAUGUUAUUGGCAUAUCUGGAAACUACUGUUCAGACAAGAAACCGGCUGCUGUGAAUUGGAUUGAAGGUCGGGGUAAAUCAGUUGUUUGUGAGGCUAUCAUCAAGGAAGAUGUGGUGAAGAAGGUCCUCAAGACUACCGUUGAGUCCUUGGUGGAGCUCAACAUGCUUAAGAACCUUACUGGUUCUGCUAUGGCUGGAGCUCUAGGUGGCUUCAACGCCCAUGCCAGCAAUAUUGUCUCUGCUAUAUAUAUUGCCACUGGCCAAGAUCCUGCACAAAAUGUAGAGAGUUCUCAUUGCAUCACCAUGAUGGAAGCUGUCAACAAUGGAAAGGACCUUCAUGUAUCUGUAACAAUGCCUUCUAUUGAGGUCGGUACAGUCGGAGGUGGGACACAACUGGCCUCUCAGUCAGCUUGCCUGAACCUGCUUGGAGUGAAGGGAGCCAGUAAGGAGGCUCCAGGAUCAAACUCAAGGCAGUUAGCUAGCAUUGUAGCUGGGGCCGUUCUUGCUGGAGAGCUCUCUCUCAUGUCAGCACUUGCUGCUGGCCAACUCGUCAAGAGCCAUAUGAAGUACAACAGGUCCAACAAGGACGUGUCUAAGGCUUCGUCUUGA